AUGAAUUUCGAUGCUGAUUAUUAAAAAAUUUAAGAGGAGAAGAAAAGUAGGACAGCGAUAGAAUCAGAAAUUUCAAUAGGGAAUAAACCAAAAGGUUCAAAUUUUAUGAGGUUAAUUCGAUAUUCAUGGAAACAUAAAUUAUUGCUGUUCUUGGGCAAUUUUGGAUUAUUAGUGACUUCAUUAUCAAUGGUGGCUCUUCCAUACUUGACAGGAUAAAUGAUUGAUACAAUAACUAAAUCCGAUGGCAAAGAGGAUCUAAAUAAAUUGACAUUUUAUUUCAUAAUAUUGACCAUCGUAUCAGCCGUCUUUACAUUUGUGAGGGCUUACGCUUAUAACAUUUUGGGUGAAAAAAUCACUUUUGACCUAAGGAAUGAAUUAUUUUAAAAACUAAUCACAAAAGAUAUUGAGUUCUUUGAUUCAAAUAGAUCAGGAGAAUUGAUAUCUAGAUUGUCAUCUGAUAUAUCUGUGAUUAAUAAGGGAGCAAACGAUUCAAUCUCAAUGAUUCUAAAAAAUGCAGUGUAAUUUAUAGGUAGUCUAAUUCUAUUGUGGUUUAUCAGUUGGAAUCUUACAUUGGUGUUAUUUUGUGUUAUUCCUCCAUUUACAAUAAUAGUUAUUUUAUUUGUGAGAUCCUACAAAAAACUAACAAAAGAAUACCAGUAAGCAGUAGCAGCAUCAACUUAGAUAGCAUCUGAAGUCCUUGGAAACAUGAGGAUAGUGAGAUCAUUCUCGACUGAAGAGAAAGAAGGAUCUCAGUAUCAAAAUGCGACAUCAACAGUUUAUGGAAUAGGAAAUAAAAUUGCCAUAUUGGGAAGUCAAUUCAUGUCCAUUGGAAUUCUAUUGGGCUAUGCAGUUAUAUUGGCUAUUCUGUAUUACGGAGGAAGUCUUGUAAUCGAAGACAAAUUAACAAUUGGAGAUUUAAGUUCAUUUGUGUUAUAUACAUUAACAAUGACAAUAUCCAUAUUGGCAGUGAGCGGAUUUAUGAAUUAGAUGAUAUCUGCAGCAGCUGUUUCUGAAAAGAUAUUUUCUAUUAUGGAUCAUCCAGUGAAGAUAUAAAAUGGGUCACUUGAUGCUCAAAAGAUCACAGGUGAAAUCACACUUAAAAAUGUUACAUUUUAAUAUCCAACCAAAUCUAAUGUGACUACUUUGAAAUCAAUUGAUUUAGAAAUUAAAAAAGGUGAAGUCGUGGCAUUAGUGGGGUAAAGUGGCAGUGGAAAGUCAACAAUUGUUUAAUUAUUGGAAAGGUUUUAUGACUCAACUGAAGGAUAGAUUCUAUUUGACAAUAUCGACAUUAAAGAAUAUAAUUAGCAAAAGCUUCAUCAAACUAUAGGAUUUGUGGCUUAAGAGCCAACAUUAUUUUCUGGAACACUAAAAGAAAAUAUUACUUAUGGAGUUUCAGCUUACUCAUAGGAGGAUAUCGAUAAUGCUAUGAAAUUAGCAAAUGCUUAUGAGUUUGUUUCAAACAAAUAAAUAUUUCCAGAUGGUCUAGAUACUAUUGUUGGAGAAAGGGGAGUCAAACUAUCAGGUGGAUAAAAACAAAGAAUUGCUAUUGCAAGAGCCUUGAUCAAGAACCCUAAAAUACUUAUUUUUGAUGAAGCCACUAGUGCCUUAGAUUCUGAAUCAGAAUUCUAAGUAUAGUCAGCCAUAGAUGGAUUAGUUUCAACAGGACAAAAAACAAUCAUUAUUAUUGCUCACAGACUAUCCACUAUUAUAAACUCUAAUAAAAUUGUCGUAAUUCAAAAUGGAGAGAUCGUUGAAUAGGGUAGACAUCAGGACUUAAUUGAGAAAAAAAUGGAAUCUAUAAAUAGCUGA